ACUCAGCUGUUACAGAGUUGAAAGACUCAACGAAAGUUCUCCACUUCACUGCAGUGAUUAUAUAAGCUAACAUGCUAGCUAGCUGUGUUCAUACAAACAUGACAGUCAUGGAUUUAGAUAAUUAAAGAAAGAAUACGGCUGUAAAUCCCAUGGGUAAUGGAGAAGUACUUUCAAAAACUUCAUCGGAUAUUGACAGUAAUUUACAAUAGAUUCAUUAAAAUGGAGAAGCCCCAGUGAUGAUGGAGGACCAGAAGAGCCCAGUGAAGGAGGAGAGCUCCAGAGAACGAGGCCUGCUCCACUUAUGGAGAGGCUACAGCAGUAGUGUUACCCCCGAACGGGUGCUUCUGUCCCGGCCAGUCCUCCAGGCUGCCCUCGGCAUCAGCCAUGGUAUCCUCCUGGCCGAAGGUGGGCUGGUGUACAGCUUCGGGGACCUGACGUGGCGGCAGGGCCUGAGGGUUCUUCCUACUUACCCUCUCCUUGAGUCUGUCCUCUCUGGUCAAAGUGUUGUGUCUGUAGCUGCAGGCUCCUUCCACUGUGGCGCCGUCACACGGGAAGGGGCUGUGUACAUGUGGGGAGAGAACUCCUCGGGGCAGUGUGGUCUGUCAGAGAGAGGCCUGGUCCCAGAUCCUAGCCUCGUCAGUAUGGUGGACUCUGAGGCUGUCUCUCCACAGAUCAUCAGGAUCCUGGAGGUAACCUGCGGGGAGCAGCACACUCUGGCUCUGUCUACCCAGCAUGAGGUGUGGGCCUGGGGCAGCGGCUGCCAGCUGGGUCUGGUCACCAGUGUGUUCCCCGUGUGGAGACCCCAGAAAGUGGAGCACCUGGCUGGGAGGCACGUAGUUCAGGUGGCGUGUGGAGGAUACCACAGCCUGGCCCUGGUGCGACGCUUCCCUGCACAAGACUCUCAGUUCCCCCGGCCGACAGCUACUGAAAAGUGUUCCCAGUGCAACCAGCUGCUCUUCUCUAUGGUGGAUAAAGAGGACCCUGUCAUCAUCAGCGACAGCCACUAUUGCCCCCUAGGGAUUGAGUUGGCUGAUAGCAAACCAGGGAGCUGCUUGAGAUCCAGACAGGCCUCUCUAGCCCAGAGACACAGAGCCUCAGCCUGCCCGCUCUCUCAGACAGUCAGCCUUGAUCUGGGCCUUGACCCAGACCUAGCCCAAGACCCAGACCCCAUUAUAGGCCCAGAAUACCUAUUGCCUGGUGACACUGACAGUUCUCUCAGAGAGUCUGGCUCCAAAGAACAAACGAACCAAGAGGAUACUGGUACCUCUGACCUUCAAAGACAAGGCCCUGGGACUCUGACAGAGACAGACAGUAACGCGGCUCGAACACAGGCGAGGAGGAACACCUCAUCCUCAUCCGAUGAGAAGGAGCUGAAGGAAUACCUCAAGAGAACGUCUGAUCACAUCCUGUCUGAACAGAAUGACAAUAACAACACAGGGAAUCCAAUCACCUUAGCCAAUCGGACAACAGGGGAUUCACUCACCUUAGCCAAUCGGACAGCAGAGGAUUCACUCACCUUAGCCAAUCAGACAACAGGGGAUUCACUCACCUUAGCCAAUGAAACAGCAGAGGAUUCACUCACCUUAGCCAAUCAGACAGCAGAGGAUUCACUCACCUUAGCCAAUCAGACAACAGGGGAUUCACUCACCUUAGCCAAUGAAACAGCAGAGGAUUCACUCACCUUAGCCAGUCAUAGCUCAGGAGAUCUACUCACCCUGGUAAGUCAUGUCCCAGGACAGUGCCAAAACGGCGACCUACCUGAUCAAGACCAACCUUCUACCUUCACACCAUAUCUUCUACCACAAUCUACAGACGACACCACCAUGGCAUCCAGCCUAUCAUGUUCACUACUCGAGAACUACCCGGGUGCCUUAGUUAUGGAACAUACCUUAGCUUUAACGGGCCGUGCAGCCUCACCCUUCGAGGUAAACACCCCUUCAGGCGUCGGCUCCACCAGCAGCCUCUGUGACUCAUCUAAGAGUGAAGGGUGUAUCCCAGUCGCAGGGCUGUGCGAGGCUCUGUCUGGGCCUGUCAUGGCAUACAGGAAGACCAACCAGGAAGUGCGUCUCUGUAUGGAGGAGGACUCCUUGCAAGGGAAGAAAUGCUCCAGUCUGACUGAUAUCCUGCUGGAGGAGGUCGUCGAGGGGAGUAGACGGCACUCACUGCCUCCUCUCCUCUCUCAUGCAUCCCCUGAGCUCCCCGGCAGGAGGAGUGCCCGUUCCAGGCCCAAUGUGCCCAGGAAGGAGGAGGUAGUGGAGUCUCUGCCCUCCCUGAACACAGAGGUGUGGAGCUGGGGCCGGGGGCAGGAGGGACAGCUGGGCCACGGAGACCAGCUACCCAGGCUCCAGCCGCUGUGUAUCAAGAGCCUGAAUGGAGAGGAGGUCGUGAAGGUAGCGGCAGGAACACACCACUCUCUGGCCCUUUCUGCACAGUGUCAGGUGUUUUCGUGGGGCAGCAACAGAUCCGGCCAGUUGGGACACAUGAACGGCCCCACUACCAUGCCUCAACAGGCCAAGAUGUCAAAGGGUCUGCGUGUGUGGGACCUGGCAGCUGGGCAGAGCCACAGUGUGUUCCUGGCUGAUGGCGACUGCUGCCAGCCCAUCCUCUGUUACAGCGGUCAACAGGUGAUGGAGACCACACCUGAGAACCACAUACCUGGGACAGGGUCAACUGAGAGCUCUCCGUCUAGGACUGACACGUACACCCUCAGACCUGUCCUACUGCCCUUCUGUGUGAAUAUGGGCUACAUCAGCAGUGUGUAUGCCGGAGGACAGUCCUGUCUAGCCCAGGCUGACCUCAACAUGAUGGGGUUCAUCUCUGCUCUUCACGAGCUGGCUGCAGCAGACAGGAAGUAUUACUGCAGGCUCAGAGACGUCAACAAGCGGGUGGUCAGCCCUCUACUGAGGAAAGAGUCUGUGUGCACAGUGUUGGGCCAGACGUCCAGCCUGCUGUUCCAGUCCCUGGCUAGUAGCUACAGCAGGCUCUGUCACCUGACAGGGCAACACUCUGUCUCCCUUACAGCCUUCCUCCAUACUGACCGGGACGUCAAGGGACUGGUCAUCCUGAAACACGCUAACACCUUCCUGGACAUGUAUAAAGAGUACUGUGGCUCAGUGGGUAAUUUCCUGGUUAUGGGGGGAUUCCAAGCCCUCAUGAAGCCCUCUGUGGAGUGUUUUGGGAAGAAGUUUGAGGUUUUGCGUCAGCUGUCAGAGUCCACUGAAGACAAGGUUCCUCUGUUGGACCUGUUGGCGAUGCUGUUCUACUCUCCUAUGCAACACAUCCACGAGUACGCCAGGCUGCUGCUCAAACUGGCCACCUGUUUCGAUGUGAGUACAGUGGAAUACCAGAGGCUGCAGGAGGGCUGCUCCAAGUACGAGGCACUGUCUCUCAGCCUGGGGAGGAAGAGGAAGGAGGCAGAGGCGACGAACCAAUUCUGGAGGACAUAUUCUGGGAAAACUACUGAUGUCCUCCGUAAUCCCCAGCGCAGGCUGGUGUAUGAGAGUAGCAACAAGAGCCUGACCCUCCAGAACGCCGGGAGGUUCUCUGUUAACUGGUUUAUCCUGUUCAACGACGCUCUGAUUCAUGCACAGGGUACCAUCCCCUCUAAGAGCUUUUUCUCAUCUCAUCAUGUCUACUCCCUGGCCACUCUCUGGGUGGAACCCAUCACUGCCAGCAGCAACCUGUAUGGAAUUAAGGUGACAUCUCCAGAGGAGAGCUUCACUCUGAUAGCAUCCUCAGCUCAGGAGAAGGCUAAGUGGCUGAGGGCUAUUAACCAGGCCGUGGAGGCGGUGUUGACCGGAGAGGGGAGCGGAUCUGGAGUCCCCGCUGUCUCUCGUACCGCCUCCUACAUCUUCUACAAAGACCUACGUCUGAAGGAUGCCUCCUACUCAGGCCGCUGGCUGUCUGGCAAACCCCACGGCAAAGGGAUCAUGAAAUGGCCAGAUGGCAGAAAGUUCACGGGGACCUUUAAACAAGGACUGGAGGACGGCUAUGGAGACUGUAUAAUGCCAAACAAGAUCCUCAACAAGAGUGAUCGUUACCAGGGUCACUGGAGAGAUGGGAAGAUGCAUGGCUUUGGGACGUACAGGUAUGCUACAGGUCAGGUGUAUGAGGGAUCCUUCCAUGAGAACAUCCGUCAGGGCCAUGGGAUGCUGAGUUCUGGGAAGCUGAUUGGCUCUUCUUCCAGUGUGUUCGUUGGCCAGUGGCUUCAAGACAAGAAGAUGGGAUAUGGAGUGUUUGAUAACAUCACUAGAGGAGAGAAGUACAUGGGCCUGUGGACUGAUGACCAGCGACAGGGCAGUGGUGUGGUAGUCACUCAGUUUGGUCUUUACUAUGAAGGGACCUUCAGCAACAACAAGAUGGUGGGUACUGGUCUGCUCGUAUCUGAUGAUGACACAGCCUUUGAGGGAGAGUUCUCAGAAGACUGGACCCCUAAUGGCAAGGGUUACCUGUCCAUGUCCAAUGGAGACUCCAUCGAGGGUCUGUUUAGUGGAGAGUGGACCUCGGGGCUGAAGAUCACGGGAACCUACAUGAAGCCUAACCUCUAUGAACCUGACAAGAAGCAAUCAACCAGGGUGCUUGAGUUGGGCCGUCUAGCCGUAUCCCCAGAGCAGAAGUGGAAGGCAGUGUUCUCAGAGUGUUGGAGCAGGCUGGGCUGUGAGGCCCCGGGACAGCCUGAGGAGAGAAUGAUGGCCUGGGAAAACAUCGCUGUUACACUCACCACAGGACGCAGAGACAGUCCAGAGCUGCUGAGCAGGUCUCAGAGUCGAGUCCUGGAGAAGCUGGAGGUGAUUCCUCAACACACAGGUCCAGUUACUGCUGGGGGGUAUGACGUCAUCCGACGAUACCUCACCAAGGCCUGCGAAACCCCCCUCCACCCUUUGGGGGGGUUACUGGAGACCCUAGUGACUGUGUACAGGAUUACCUAUAUAGGGGUAGGAUCUAACAGAAGGUUGCUACAACAGGCUGUGGAAGAGAUCAGGUCCUACCUCAGACGGAUCUUCCAGCUGGUCAGGUUUCUGUUCCCUGACCUCCCUGACGAGGGAGGUGUUAUUCACCCUGACCCCAAAGGAUCCUCAGAAACAGACCAGCAAGGCUUGGUGGUGAGUAGCUCCACUCUCCUACUUCCAGUCCUGCUGCCCAGGCUGUACCCUCCUCUGUUCACCCUGUAUGCCCUGGACAAGGAGAGAGAGGAGGAGGUGUACUGGGACUGUGUCCUGAGGCUCAACAAACAGCCUGACCUGGGCCUGUUGGCCUUCCUGGGGGUCCUACAGAAGUUCUGGCCGGUCUCCGUCUCCGUGUUGGGAGAGAAGCAGCAGGUCCUUCCCAGCACCAAAAAUGCUUGCUUUGCUUCUGCAGUGAAGACUUUACAACAGAUCAGCACCACCUUCACCCCGUCAGACAAGCUGCAGGUGAUCCAGCGUACCUUUGAGGAGCUGAACCAGGAAGUACAAGCUCUGCUAGAGGGGAACUUCCUGUUGUCCAUGGAUGACCUCUUACCUCUGUUUCUCUACGUGGUGCUUAGAGCACGGAUGAGGAACCUGGUUGCUGAGGUGAGUUUGAUAGAAGAUCUAAUGGACCCCUAUCUGCAGCACGGAGAGCUGGGACUCAUGUUCACCACACUCAAGGCUUGCUGUUUUCAGAUCCAACAGGAGAAGACGACAUAGGGAAGAGGAGGUGCCUUCUACAAUGGAGGUCGACGGAGGGUCCCGUUUUUCAUCCCGUCGACUCCAGACAACCAGAGAUGGAUCAUCCCCUGGCCAAAGACGUGAUUAUUUACCAUUAGUCCCAUUGAGGCCGACGUCUCUUUUGCAAGGGAACCCUGCUUCACAAAAAGUAACAAAACAACACAAAGUACACAAAGGGAAUUUGAGAAACAAUUAUAACAAUCAAAGGGCGGCGCAUGAGAAAUUACAAUUAGAAAAAUGUAUACUUUAAUUUAUAUUUAUACUAUUUUUUUUUUAACCUUUAUUUAACCAGGCAAGUCAGUUAAGAACAUAUUCUUAUUUUCAAUGACGGCCUGGGAACAGUGGGUUAACUGCCUGUUCAGGGGCAGAAUGACAGAUUUGUACCUUGUCAGCUCGGGGGUUUGAACUCGCAACCUUCCGGUACUAGUCCAACACUCUAACCACGAGGCUACGCUGCCGCUUUAAUCCUGACUAUGUUUAAUCCUGACUGACUAUGUUUAAUCCUGACUAUGUUUAAUCCUGACUGACUAUCUUUAAUCCUGACUGACUAUCUUUAAUCCUGACUGACUAUGUUUAAUCCUGACUAUGUUUAAUCCUGACUGACUAUGUUUAAUCCUGACUAUGUUUAAUCCUGACUGACUAUCUUUAAUCCUGACUAUGUUUAAUCCUGACUAUCUUUAAUCCUGACUGACUAUCUUUAAUCCUGACUGACUAUGUUUAAUCCUGACUAUCUUUAAUCCUGACUGACUCGCUUUAAUCCUGACUAUCUUUAAUCCUGACUGACUAUCUUUAAUCCUAACUGACUAUCUUUAAUCCUGACUGACUAUGUUUAAUCCUGACUAUCUUUAAUCCUGACUGACUAUGUUUAAUCCUGACUGACUGACUAUGUUUAAUCCUGACUGACUAUGUUUAAUCCUGACUGACUAUGUUUAAUCCUGACUGACUAUGUUUAAUCCUGACUGACUAUGUUUAAUCCUGACUGACUAGCUUUAAUCCUGACUGACUAGCUUUAAUCCUGACUGACUAGCUUUAAUCCUGACUGACUAUGUUUAAUCCUGACUGACUAUGUUUAAUCCUGACUGACUAUGUUUAAUCCUGACUGACUAUGUUUAAUCCUAACUGACUAUGUUUAAUCCUGACUGACUAUGUUUAAUCCUGACUGACUAUGUUUAAUCCUGACUGACUAUGUUUAAUCCUGACUGACUAAUCCUGACUGACUAUGUUUAAUCCUGACUGACUAUGUUUAAUCCUGACUGACUAUGUUUAAUCCUGACUGACUAUGUUUAAUCCUGACUGACUAUGUUUAAUCCUGACUGACUAUGUUUAAUCCUGACUGACUAUGUUUAAUCCUGACUGACUAGCUUUAAUCCUGACUGACUAUGUUUAAUCCUGACUGACUAUGUUUAAUCCUGACUGACUAAUCCUGACUGACUAUCUUUAAUCCUGACUGACUAUCUUUAAUCCUGACUAUCUUUAAUCCUGACUGACUAUCUUUAAUCCUGACUAUCUUUAAUCCUGAUUAUCAUUAAUCCUGACUGUCUUUUAUCCUGACUAAGGUUGCACUUUUUGGGGAAUAUUCAGAGGUGGAAACUUCACGUGGGAAUUAACGGGAAUUAAUGAAAAUAUAUGCAAAUGUAUAUUAAUACCAUUUCAAUGUAGAUUAUUUUUGCGUUGGAUAUAUUUACCAUAUAUGGAGACAGAAACAUAAACCUUUUACCUUAUCAUAAGUAGACAUUUUUGCAAAUUAUUAAAUUCUUCCAAUAGAAAAAAUACACACUGCUCAAAAAAAUAAAGGGAACACUUAAAACCUCUUAGCGUCACCUGAGACGUCUGCGUCCCACCCAGCCAUCAGGAAAUGCAAAUGCGCUACGCCAAAUACUAAUAGCACUCGUUAAAACUCAAACGUUCAUUAAAACACACAUGCGGGGUACUGAAUUAAAGCUACACUCGUUGUGAAUCUAGCCAACAAGUCAGAUUUUUAAAAUGCUUUUCGGUGAAAGCAUGAGAAGCUAUUAUCUGAUAGCAUGCAACACCCCGAAAUACCUGAAGGGGACCUAAACAAAAUAAUUAGCGUAGCCGGCGCUACACAAAACGCAGAAAUAAAAUAUAAAACAUACAUUACCUUUGACGAGCUUCUUUGUUGGCACUCCUGUAUGUCCCAUAAACAUCACUAUUGGGUCUUUUUUUCGAUUAAAUCGGUCCAUAUAUACCCAAAAUAUCUAUCUAUGAAAACUGUGUGAUCCAGAAAAAAACACUGUUUCAAAACGCAACGUCAUUUUUUUAAAUUAAAAGAGUUGCCUAUAAACUUUCACAACACACUUCAAAAUGCUUUUGUAAUCCAACUUUAGGUAUUAGUAAAUGUUAAUAAUCUAUCAAAUUGAUCACGGGGCGAUGUGUAUUCAAUAGCUCCACGUCUUCAAAUCAUGGUCGGAAAUCUCUCUUCCAAAACAUCCUGUCGUACACCGGAUGGUAUGGGGUCUCUCUUCUUCGUUUGACCAAGGAACAACCUCCAGGCAAUUGCCAAGACUGGCGACAUCGUGUGGAAGCUGUAGGACUUGUAAUCUCGGCCCCAUCUAAUUUGCUGUGCCAUAGACAAUACAUGCAACUGGCGCAUUGAUAUUUUUUCCACUUUGGUGAUCAGUAUUCCUUGGGCUUUUCGACGAAACACACGUUUUGUUAUAGUUACAGCCGUGAUUUAACCAGUUUUAGAAACGUCUGAGUGUUUUCUAUCCACACAUACUAAUCAUAUGCAUAUACUAUAUUCCUGGCAUGAGUAGCAGGACGCUGAAAUGUUGCGCGAUUUUUAACAGAAUGUUCGAAAAAGUAAGCCAUAGGCUUAAGAGGUUGCAGAGGUAACAGACAGGCCAGUACACCACUAGACGUGGAGGAGGCCGUAGUAAGGCAACAACCCAGCAAGGAGGAGCAGGAGGAGCACUGCCAGAGCCCUGCAAAAUUACCUCCCAGCAGGCCACAAAUGUGCAUGUGUCUGCUCAAACGGUCAGAAACAGACUCCAUGAGGGUGGUAAUGGAGGGCCCGACGUCCACAGAUGGGGGUUGUGCUUACAGCCCAACACCGUGCAGGACGUUUGGCAUUUGCCAGAGAACACCAAGAUUGGCAAAUUCGCCACUGGCGCCCUGUGCUCUUCACAGAUGAAAGCAGGUUCACACUGAGCACAUGUGACAGACAUGACAGUCUGGAGACGCCGUGGAGAACGUUCUGCUGCCUGCAACAUCCUCCAGCAUGACUUUUUUGUCAGUGGGUCAGUCAUGGUGUGGGGUGGCAUUUCUUUGGGGAGCCGCACAGCCCUCCAUGUGCUCGCUAGAGGUAGCCUGACUGCCUUUAGGUACCGAGAUGAGAUCCUCAGACCCCUUGUGAGACCAUAUGCUGGUGCGGUUGACCUGGGUUCCUCCUAAUGCAAGACAAUGCUAGACUUCAUGUGGCUGGCGUGUGUCAGCAGUUCCUGCAAGAGGAAGGCAUUGAUGCUAUGGACUGGCCCGCCCGUUCCCCAGACCUGAAUCCAAUUGAGCACAUCUGGGACAUCAUGUCUCGCUCCAUCCACCAACGCCACAUUGCACCACAGACUGUCCAGGAGUUGGCAGAUGCUUUAGUCCAGGUCUGGGAGGAGAUCCCUCAGGAGACCAUCCGCCACCUCAUCAGGAGCAUGCCCAGGCGUUGUAGGGAGGUCAUACAGGCACGUGGAGGCCACACACACUACUGAGCCUCAUUUUGACUUGUUUUAAGGACAUUACAUCAAAGUUGGAUCAGCCUGUAGUGUGGUUUUCCACUUGAAUUUCGAGUGUGACUCCAAAUCCAGACCUCCAUGGGUUGAUAAAUUUGAUUUCCAUUGAUAAUUUCUGUGUGAUUUUGUUGUCAGCACAUUCAACUAUGUAAAGAAAAAAGUAUUUAAUAAGAAUAUUUCAUUCAUUCAGAUCUAGGAUGUGUUAUUUUAGUGUUUCCUUUAUUUUUUUUGAGCAGUGAAUAUAUUUUAGUUACGAAUUGAACUUUAAUUAAAUGAGUUGACUCUUCACAUGAUUUCACUGAACAACGAAAGAAAGAGAAUAUUGUAUAAUCCAUCGCAUCUCCCAAAAAAUGUUUUCAACACACAUCUGUAAAAUUAUAGUCUAGAGACAGGAGACUGUCAAACAUAAGGACAACAUCACCCCAACGGGUGUUGCUGGGCAGCUUCAAUGUGGUGCUCUUAUUCUUCUCACUUUGCUUGGCGAGGUAGAUUGCUGCUAUAACUUGAUGACCCUUCACAUACCUAACCAUUUCCUUGGCUCUCUUGUAGAGUGUAUCCAUUGUUUUCAGUGCCAUGAUGUCUUUGAGGAGAAGAUUCAAUGCAUGAGCAGCACAGCCAAUGGGUGUGAUGUGAGGGUAGGACUCCUCCCACUUUAGACCAAGCAGCCUUCAUGUUCGCAGCAUUGUCUGUCACCAGUGCUAAUACCUGCUGUGGUCCAAGGGCAUUGAUGACUGCCUUCAGCUCAUCUGUAAUGUAGAGACCGGUGUGUCUGUUGUCCCUUGUGUCUGUGCUCUUGUAGAAUGCUGGUUGAGGGGUGGAGAGGAUGUAGUUAAUUAUUCCUUGCCCACGAACAUUCGACCACCCAUCAGAGAUGAUUUCAAUACAGUCUGCUUUCUCCGUGAUUUGCUUGACCUUCACUUGAACUCUGAACUCUGCAUCCAGCAAAUGAGUAGAUAAAGCACGUCUGGUUGGAGGGGUGUAUGCUGGACGAAAAACAUUCAGAACUCUCUUCCAACACACAUUGCAUGUGAGCAUCAGAGGUGAACAAAAAAAAAAAAAACUUCUGAUUCCAGGAGGACCAUGAGCUGUUGCUAUCGAUAAGGUGUCUGAUUCAUCAUUUUCACCUCGGAAUAGUAGAGGGACUUUUGGUUGCUUGUUGUGAGCGCUGAGGGAACUGUAUGCACUUGGCUGAUGAUUCUGCAUCUUUGUUGAGUUCUUCACAUAUGAUUUGGCACUGUAUUUGCAAAUGUACACAGCUUUUCCUACUACAUUAGCUGCAGUGAAAUGUCUCCACACAUCAGAUAGUGCCCGUGGCAUUUUCCUGUAAAGAUUAGAAACAUGAGUAAAAAAAAAAAAGUCUAUGUACAGAUAAAUAGUUAAGCAGUUAGAUUAAACAACUCCUAUGUAAGAUGCAUGUUUUAAAAUGAAACAUGUAUGGAAACAGGUGAAUUAACACUCCUCAGUUAGCAGGCUGAAGCAAGCUAAAACCCACAUGGUAGCAAAAACUAACUAGCAGAAAUUGUUAACAAGUUAGAAAUGAUUUAAACACUCUUUGAAGUAGGCUACUAUUUACUAGUUAACUUCUUGACAGUACCAAUCCUUGUCGUGGGAUAAUUUUAGUCUGCAACCGCUGAAUAGCAUAGCGCAACAGUCAAAUAAUAUUACUAGAAAAUAUUCAUAUUCAUGAAAUCACAAGUGCAAUAUUUUGAAACACAGCGUAGCCUUUUGUUAAUCACCCUUUCGUCUCAGAUUUUGAAAUUAUGCUUUACAGAGAAAGCAAUACAAGCGUUUGUAAGUUUAUCGAUAGCCUAUCAUAGCAUUAUGUACACUUAGCAUCAGGAAGCUUGGUCACGAAAAUCAGAAAAGCAAUCUAAUAAACCGUUUACCUUUGAUGAUC